AUGCAAUUGGGAUAUACCAACGCAGUGCCUAUCAACGCCGUGACAUCUCGAGCGCUAGACUCCAUGGAUCUUGGAGGCACGGUUAUGCAGUCCGCGGAUUUGACUACAGUCUUAGAGGGAUAUCAGACGUAUCCCGGUGGGAAGAACUACCCCUUAGAAGUGGGUGUCCUUUCUCUAGGAUGUCCGGACAUCAACCAAACAUUCACCAGAGACGCCCCAUUGCCCCCUAUCAAUGCCACUUUCGCCAACAGUUAUCUCUACGACAAAGGACAAAUCCCGUCCUAUUCGUAUGGUAUACAUAUUGGCUCUGCCUCGUUCGGUAUAUCCGGUUCUCUCAAGCUUAGAGGAUACGACCAAGGUCGAGUCUUUGGAGAUGUCUCUGCGCAGCCAGUCGACAGUGGGAAGUUUCCGAUUGAAUUAAUCGACAUAGGUAUCGGGGUUGCAAAAGGUGGUUCGCCCUGGAAAUUCUCUAAUAUGACAGGAUUGCUGGCACAAAGCAAUUCCUCUUUGACCUCCGGCUUCACGGUAGCAGUGGACCCAGCAAACCCAUAUAUCUAUCUACCCCAAAGUUCGUGCGACGCCAUUGCCGCCAAUCUGCCUAUCACAUAUAAUUCCGAUCUGGGUCUCUACUUUUGGGACACAACUGAUUCGCAAUAUACCAAAAUUGUGACAUCCCCCAGCUACCUAGGUUUCACCUUCACCAAGAAUGGCGUUAACACUGAGGAUAUCACCAUCAAGGUCCCUUUCGCUCUUCUGAACCUUACUCUGGAAGCCCCUUUGGUGACCAGUCCUACACAAUACUUCCCAUGCAUGGGCACCGACUCCACUCCAGCUCUUGGUCGUGCCUUUCUACAGGCUGCUUUCGUCGGCGUCAACUGGUCCAAGAAAUCCUGGUUUUUAGCCCAAGCUCCUGGACCAGACUAUUCUUACAUUCAGAAUGUUGUCGACAUCAGCGAUAGUGACACCACCAUCACAUCCUCUGGGAAUAGCUGGGAACCUACUUGGGAAAACUCUUGGACGGUACUUGCAUCCCCGAAUUCUCCCACGACCAACUCGACGACUUCGACGACCUCGACGACUACGACGACCUCGACCGGUAGCAUUGGUCUCUCAACCGGCGCCAAGGCUGGCAUUGGCGCCGGCUGCGGUAUUGCUGCUUUGGCGGCCGUUGCUGCAGCUUAUUGGUUUAUCUCCCAUCGUCAAAAAUAUAAGCGGACUCCCAGUCAGGACAGUGCAGCGGCAGACCGGUCUUCGCAACAACCUCCUCCCUCGAUAAUAACUACGGCGCCCGUGGAAGCUCCAGACACCAAACCUAGCAGGUUCCAUGAGUUGGACUACGGUCGGGCCAUUGCGUUUCCACCAACCUCAACACAAACCUCAGAAUACGGGCAAAGCGCCCAACAGACUUCUCAGUCUGAACAAAGCGCGCAGAAUAUGUCAGAACAUUCACAGGCCUCCCGCCAAGGACCUUACGAACUUUCAACGCGGUGA